ACAGCAGAGGAUUCAUAUCCCAACAGGAUUUCAGGGUUUUAGCAUUUUCUACAAAACAACCUACGACUACUUCGACUAUGACAACAAUAACAAGAACACAAAGUGAGUGACCAAUUUCCAUCACUAUUAUUCAAUUCAAUGAUUCAUAAUCGCCAAUUGAUUCUUACUACUUCCAAACUCACCCAUCAUUUUCCCUUUCUUUCUCGUUCUCAUUCCUUCAUUUCCCCAACACCCUUUUCCUCAAAAUUCAAAAUUUUCCCAUCAACAACCGGUUUCACUUCCACGUGGAAAAUCCCAGGUUUGUUCAAAGAUUCAAUUUUUAUAGGCCAUGUCAGUUUAUUGAGAUGUUACUGCAAUAAUAACACUAAUGGGUCUAAGGAAUUUACUGAGGAAAUUGAGUAUUUAGAUGAAUCAGGUAGUGUUAUUUAUAAGGGUAAAGGUAUUAGGUCAGUAGAGCCUGGGAUUGAUGAUCAUGAUAUGGUGGGUGAUGUUAAAAAACCUUUUUUGAAUGCAUUAGCCGUGGCAAAAAUUGUUGAGGUUGUUAAGAGAUGGAAGUGGGGUCCAGAAUUGGAGACUCAAUUGGAUAAACUUCAGUUUGUACCAAAUAUGAUUCAUGUUAGUCAAGCUUUGAAGGUUAUUAAUGAUGGUGAUGCUUGUUUGAGUUUGUUUAGGUGGUCUAAGAGACAAUCUUGGUAUUUGCCUAGUGAUGAUUGUUAUGUUAUGUUGUUUGAUGGUUUGAAUCAGCGUAGGGAUUUCGAUGGAAUACAGUCAUUGUUUGAUGAGAUGGUUGGUGAUUCUAGUAAUAAUGGGGUUUCGUUGGUUGUUUCGUGUAAUCGAGUGAUUCGGUAUUUGGCUAAGGCGGAGAGGUUGGAAGUUGCUUUUUGUUGUUUUAAGAAAAUACAGGAUGUUGGUUGUGAAGUUGAUACCGAAACGUAUAAUUCGCUUAUUACUUUGUUUUUGAAUAAGGGUUUGCCAUAUAAGGCAUUUGAGAUAUAUGAGAGUAUGGAGAAAGCCGAUUGUAAAUUGGAUAGUUCGACUUAUGAAUUGAUGAUUCCAAACUUGGCAAAGUCGGGCCGUCUUGAUGCUGCUUUCAAACUCUUCCAAGAAAUGAAAGGAAGAGAUUUUCGACCGGGUUUAAACAUCUUUGCGUCGCUUGUUGAUUCAAUGGGUAAGGCAGGGAGAUUGGACAGUGCAAUGAAAGUUUACAUGGAGAUGCGAGGUUUUGGGUACAGGCCGCCGCCUACUAUAUAUGUUUCUUUAAUCGAAUCUUAUGUGAAAUCUGGAAAGUUAGAAACUGCUUUGAGGCUUUGGGACGAGAUGAAAUUAGCAGGGUUCAGGCCUAACUUUGGCCUGUAUACAUUGAUCAUUGAGUCUCAUGCAAAAUCAGGGAAGCUUGAUAUUGCUAUGUCUGCAUUUUUAGAUAUGGAGAAAGCUGGAUUUCUACCAACUCCAUCAACAUAUGCUUGUCUUUUGGAAAUGCAUGCUGCAUCUGGACAAAUCGAUCAUGCCAUGAAACUGUACAAUUCAAUGACUAAUGCAGGUUUAAGGCCUGGCUUAAGUACUUAUACAGUUCUGUUAACUCUACUUGCUAAUAAGAAACUCGUGGAUGUUGCUGCCAAAGUUCUACUUGAAAUGAAGAACAUGGGAUAUUCCGUGGAUGUGACGGCUAGUGAUGUUUUGAUGGUGUAUAUCAAGGAAGGUUCUGUUGAUCUUGCUUUGAGGUGGCUUCGUUUCAUGGGUUCGUCGGGGAUCAGAACCAAUAAUUUUAUAAUCCGACAAUUGUUUGAGUCGUGCAUGAAGAACGGGAUAUACGAGUCAGCGAAGCCUCUUCUUGAAACAUAUGUUAACUCCGCUGCAAAAGUUGAUUUGAUACUUUACACCUCUAUUUUAGCUCAUCUUGUUAGGUGUCAGGAAGAAGAGAAUGAGAGGCAUUUGAUGUCCAUCCUUAGUGCUACAAAGCAUAAGGCACAUUCAUUUAUGUGUGGACUUUUCACAGGCCCGGAACAGAGGGGACAGCCGGUGUUGACUUUUGUAAGGGAAUUCUUCCAAAGUAUUGAUUAUGAAUUGGAGGAAGGUGCUGCAAAGUACUUUGUCAAUGUUCUUCUCAAUUACCUAGUUCUUAUGGGACAGAUCAACCGAGCUCGAUGUGUUUGGAAGGUUGCUUAUGAGAAUAAACUUUUCCCAAAGGCUAUAGUUUUCGAUCAGCACAUUGCUUGGUCCCUUGAUGUUAGAAACUUGUCGGUUGGAGCCGCCCUUAUAGCAGCGGUGCACACUCUUCAUAGGUUCAGAAAGCGUAUGUUGUAUUACGGCAUUGUCCCAAGACGGAUUAAAUUGGUGACGGGACCAACAUUAAAGAUUGUGAUUGCACAGAUGUUAAGCUCAGUAGAGUCUCCAUUUGAGGUGAGUAAAGUGGUUCUUAGGGCGCCGGGGGAUUCUGUCAUGGAGUGGUUUAAGAAACCAAUAGUUCAGCAGUUUCUUCUGAAUGAAAUUCCUUCUAGGGCUGACAUCCUGAUGCACAAGCUGAACAUACUUUUCCCCAAUUCUGCACCUGAAAUUCGAUCUCUAUCCCCUCCUAAACCUCUAAUUGCAGGAAGGGCAGUCUAAACAGUCUUUGCCUCUACUUGUUCUCGUGGUGGCAUCAUGCGGUGAAGUGAAGCUUGAACUUCUUACUUUGUGAAAUCGUGGAACCAAACACGAAACAAACACACACUUAAUAUCCAACAGGUGUUUGAGGUGCAUACUCUUCAUAUGUUCGGAAGCCAUACUAUAAACAGAUAUGUAUUACUUAUGAAUUUGGAAUAAAAUCUUGAGAUUUAUAUUCUUUUCCCUCAAAAAGUUUUGGGGUAAUGCAUAAAAAUUCACAUCCUUUGUCAUUAUUCAUAUGUAUGUCAAGUCACGGUUUUCUCUCCUGUUGAUAUUAGGAUAGGUUUAGUUGCAUAAUUGAGGAUUAUUAUGUACUUAUAUUUUGAUUUAAAUUAUUGUUAACUCUCUUUUGGCAUAUCUAUUUAAUCUCUCUCUCUCUCUCUCUCUCUCUCUCUCUCUCUCUCUCUCUCUCUCUCUCUCUCUCUCCUUCUAGUAAGAUUUUAAUUUGUGUAAUGGCUUUCAUGAGAACUUCUUUCUUCUUAAUAUGAAAAUCUUUUUUAGAAUGCGGCCGUUGAACUGGGAAUUUUCAGAAACCCUCUACGUCUCUUUCUCUCUAUAUCUUAAAUGGCCAUUGUAGUUCUAAAAUCUCUCCUGAACAUAUAUUCUUGUGAAGAGCUUGCGAAAAUCUUUGUUCAGGUAUUUUUUUUUCUUUCUUUAUGUCUUUUUGUAUUUGUGUCUUCAUUAUUGUUGAAUAUGAUAUUCUGUAUCUCUAAAUUGUUUUGUUCUAUUAGAGUUUGAGCAAGUGAGACAAUGAGAGAAAGAAAAUAAGAGAAAAUCAGUAUUUCUGUCUUUUUAACACUUUCUCAUCUACCACACUCAUUAUAAUUAGUAUAUGCUAUGCUUUGACAUUUCCCCUUGCAAAGCUUAGGAUGGAUUGAACUGCAAAAAUCCGAGAGGACAGAGCCUUAGACGUAAUUAGAACUACAUUUGGUGAUAUUGCACUCACCAACCAUGGAUAUAGAGAUUCCUUUUACUUCUUCCAUGUUUGCGUUUGUUAAAUUUUAAGCUUCAAUCAACAGAUGAGAACCUUCCUGAAAUUUUUAUCUUCAGUUCUCAAUAUCAGAUUACAUGUGUAGUAAUGUACAACUAGUUAGGUAGUGUUUGGUCCAACUUUUUAUGGCCUUUUCUGACAAGGAGAAGCAAGACCAAUCACUUAUCCUUAAGAGUUAAAAGUUCUUAAAAUUGAGUGUCUUAUCAUAUUCUCAUACUCUAAUGGUGCAAUUAUUUGAAUAUUUGAUAUGGUUCUAAUAUAAAUAUGUAGAAUUACUUGGUCUAUAGUAAUUUCACUUCAAUAUAUCCAAGAAAAAGUUUCAAUAAGAAUGAAGGCUUCAAAUGAGCUAUUUCUACAAAGAUAAGGCCCAAUAAAAUUGAAUAUGUGUAACCAAAGCUCUAUAAGCACUUAUGUAUAAAUUAUUUCUAUAACAAAAGAUGAAAUAAAGUCAAGCCGUUUUCUUAUAAGCUUUUUUUUUUUUUUUAUAAACUAUCAUGGAGAGCUUAUGAAAAUAACUUGAAAACAACUAAUGGAGAUGUUUCCGUAAUCUCUUCCAAACAGUCUCACAUGUAUUUUAUAUCGGUAGAUAAAUGCUCUUAAUCUCUAACAAUUAUGCAGGUGAUAGUCCCUCUAUUCCUAAUUAUAAGCAAAAGUGGAUUAACAAAAGUUGAUGCAUUUGGUUCAAAAUUUGGAACUAAAUACAUCAACUUUUUCUUAUAAUUUGGAAUGGAGGGAGUAUAAUUGUAACUGGCAGCUCACUCUCAAAUUCAUUACUAUCUGAUUACCAGACAGAACUUUACUUUUAAACUGAAACAGCUUGGUGAACAAGGCUACUUUUUGGUAAAUGAAGUAGAUAUAUGAAGAAAAUAUCUGUUUUUACCUACUUAAUUUCUGUUUCAGAUUGACCUUUUCAAAUUGAGUGUCUUAUUAUAUGCUCAUAACUAAUAAUUCAGAGUCCAUCAUGGAUUUACCUUAGUAUGUCCUUGAUUUUGUAGGUUGUGUCAUGAUUUUAUUCUUGUUUUAUAAGCCAUGCACCAAAUGAAAGGGCAAUUAAGGGAUCACUAUUUCCUUCCAAUCUAGUUUGUAUCUGCUAAAUUAAAAAUGUUGGUGAUGUAUACUCUGAACAAAAAAGGAUAAACAGUGCUGCUAUAUCCUAUGAAUCAUUUGGCCACGAAACACAAGAAUGAGUGUGCCGGCCGAAGAGGUCACAUGCUAAGUAACCAAUGAUUUAUUGGUUUCUAUUUUAUUACAGCUCGAUGUAUGGGUUUUGGGAUUGGUAAAACCUGUUCAAAAAAUGGAGAUGGUGGUAAAAACUAAAAAGUGUUUUACUCUAGCAUGUAGUCGUGCAGGAAAGUAUAAGAGCGAUUCAAAGAAUAUUUUGAAGCCAAAUCCUAUUAAAUGAAAGUCAAGGAUAUAAGGGCAUGUGUACAUCUAGAGGUAAAUUGAAAGUCAAGGAUAUUUUAGAUCUCAAGUUUUUUGACUAAAUUUUAGAUCUCAAGUUAUUGAUGGAAUUGGCACACAAGAAAGUAUUCAAGUAAAUGAAACCUAUUUGAUUCUAAUUAUCAUUUCAAUAAAAAUGAUUGACUAUUUUGAUUAUUAACAUGAUACUCUAUACUAUUUGUCUGUAUUUUUUGUUUCUAUAUAUUUAUAGUGUGAGCUAAGAUAUGUUCAGAACAGAGGUAUUGUAGACGGUUUAGCUCCAAACCAAGAUACUAAUGCAAGACAUGCAAUCUCUUGCUGCACUUUAUUUGUACAUUUACAUCAUGAAAAGUAGUUGAUUUAGUAUCUGUGUUUUGCAGAUUCCAUUGCUGGACAAACCAUCGUCAUAAAGUCAAAAAUCAACCAUUGCUAGACCAACCAUCGUCGUAAGACAACGAUUAACCACAACUUUAGGACUUGAAGUUUAAAGUUAUUAGCUACUUGUUGAAAGAUGAUUUCUAUUUUAAAUAUAUAGUUUUACCAUAUCGAUGAUAAUUUUAUUUAGAAGGAUUUUGAUACUAUUAUCUUAUGAAAGUGUGAGAUAUUGAC